CGUCCCACACCGACUUCGCUCCCGCCGCGCCAGCGGUGGCGCUUCCCGCCCUCGCUUCGAUUCGCGCCGCCACCUAGCCGCCGCGCGCCGCCUGCGCUCCGCUCCCCCCGGCCACCUCUCCUCGCCCGGCCCGGCCGCCCUCGCCUUCGUCGCCGCCGCGCCCCGGACUCUGUUGGCUCCGCGCCGCGCGGCCGCCCCGGUCCCCCGCCGCCGCCACUCGCCCGCCGUCCACCAUGGCGAGGCAAACAGGUAGCAGGAAGCGGAAAGCGCCGGCGCUCGCGGCGGGUGGGGACGGGCCGCUGCCUCCCAAGAAGCCCAAGCGGCCGGCGGCGCUGCGCUCGCUGCUGCACUACCUGAAGGGCCGCGAGGUGGGGGCGCGGGGCCGCGCCGGGCUCCCGGGCUUCGAGGGCAAGCUGCGCGGCUACGCGGUGCGGAAACUGCCCGAGCUGCUGAGGGAGCGCGAGCUGGCGCUGGGCACCCUCAACAAGGUGUUCGCGUCGCAGUGGCUGAACGCCAGGCAGGUGGUGUGCGGCACCAAGUGCAACACGCUCUUCGUGGUGGACGUGCAGUCGGGCCACAUCACGCGCAUCCCCCUGAUGCGGGACCGCGGGCCCGGGUCGGCCCGCGCCCAGCCGAGCUGCGGCAUCCACGCCAUCCAGCUGAAUCCCUCCAAGACGCUUCUGGCCACCGGGGGCGAGAACCCCAACAGCCUGGCCGUCUACCAGCUGCCCACGCUGGACCCCGUGUGCCUGGGCGACCGCCACGGCCACAAGGACUGGAUCUUCGCCAUCGCCUGGAUGAGCGACACGGUGGCCGUGAGUGGCUCCCGCGACGGCACCGUGGCGCUCUGGAAGAUGGACCCCGACAUGUUCCACGGCAGCAUCGCCUGGCACAACGACGCGGGCCUCCCCCUGUACGCCCACAUCCGUCCCAGGGACGUGCAGACCAUCCCCAGGGCCAGCACCAACCCCAGUAACCGCAAGGUGCGGGCCCUGGCCUUCAGCGGCAAGAACCAGGAGCUGGGAGCCGUGUCCCUGGACGGCUACUUCCACCUGUGGAAAGCCCAGAGCAACCUGUCCAGGCUGCUGUCCAUCAGGCUGCCCUACUGCCGAGAGAACGUGUGCCUGACCUACUGCGACGAGUUGUCCCUGUACGCGGUGGGCUCCCAGUCCCACGUCUCCUUCCUGGAUCCGCGGCAGCGCCAGCAGAACAUCCGGCCCCUGUGCUCCCGAGAGGGCGGCACGGGUGUGCGCUCCCUGAGCUUCUACCAGCACAUCGUCACCGUGGGCACGGGCCACGGCUGCCUGCUCUUCUAUGACAUCCGCGCGCAGACGUUCCUGGAGGAGAGGGCCUCGGCCAGCCCGCACUUCUCUCCGGGGCCCGCAGGGAGGAAGCUCAAGCUCACCUGUGGCAGAGGCUGGCUGAACCACGAUGACCUGUGGGUGAACUACUUCGGUGGCAUCGGCGAGCUCCCCAACGCGCUCUACACGCACUGCUACAACUGGCCCGAGAUGAAGCUCUUCGUCGCUGGGGGGCCUCUCCCUUCCGGCCUCCACGGGAACUAUGCCGGCCUCUGGAGCUAAGGAUGGCCUCCGUGUCCUCAAAGUGCCCAGAUACACCUUCCAGUCCCCUCUCGAUUUCCUCCUUCACUCUGUGUUUGUGCUUUUACUCUGUGUGGCUUUUAUCUUCCAGGUGGAAAGGGCCCAACUUACCUCUGCUCAGUGUAUUAGGCAAAGAGAGAGAAAGAAAGAUGGCGGGCUAGAGAGUGAGGUGUCCUUCAGGCAGUCAAAACUUUGCUUUAAUAAUUUUCUACACCUGUCCAACACUAUUGUUUUGAAUUAUACAAAAAUUUUUGACAUUCUUAGAUCUGUUCACUCUGAGUCAUUUACAUAUUCUCUCUUGAAGGCCAGGCAGUCAUGGUUUUACAAUUAUGUAUAUUUUCUUUUUAUUAUUUUUUUGUUACUAGUAUCACAAUGAUGCUGUUUUGGUUAUUUUUCAGUGCAGAUAGAUGGUAUAUUAAGAACACUCUUAAAAACAGUUUGUACAUCUGUUCUGGAAAGCUAGCUGUCGUUUUAUAGCAUUGUUCCAGUGGGAGGAUGCAUUCCAAGUUCUAGAUUACCGGCUUUUGGAAGCAUUCCAUUUGUAAAUUGUAGUCUUCAUGUUUGUAGUUUGUAAGUUGUUGGUGCUAAACACGCUUUUUAAAAACUUCAUUCACUUUGAAAAAAAAGUUGUUAUACAAUCUUGUUUUUCGUACCAGAAUCUCAUUUGGUCAGAACACUUUAGGAACGCAGGGGCUCUGCUGAUUGAAUGUUUAGAGUUAAUCUGAAAACCAAAUCAAUCUUUUUCUCCUUAAACCCUUAUUUAAGUUUUCUCAUUCCAAAACCCGUAAGUGAAUAUGUAUUUUUUCACUUCUUGCCUUAGUACUAUUAAGACUUGUGAGUAUAUUUGAAUGUUUGUUAAGGAACUUGCACAGAGUUUCAGUGCCAUCAUUCAAAACAGGGAUUCCAAGUGUGAAAAUGUAGAACGUAUUGCAGGCUGGGCAGAAUGUAUACUGAUGCAGGGUAUAGACUGGAUAUUUUUGCUGUUGCUGUUUUCAAUACCAAAUAUUAUAUUUGAACAUACUUAAAUUUUCUAAUUCUGCUUAACAGUUAAAGUCACAGGAAAAAACUGCAAAAAAGGAAAAUGAGCCCAUCCCAACUCCUUCUGAUAAGAUUCUUAAUUUGUAAAGUCCAAUUUAUUAAGAUUUAAUUUUGUCAAUUUCAAAGAUUCUUACCUAAAGUAGAAUAAAUAUAUUGUUAAAAAAUAGUAGUGAUGUUAUGACCCUCAAUAUAAUAAUAUACGAUUAUCAAGGACACAGGAAGUUUAUUUCAAGAAGAUGGGGUGGAAAAUAAAAGUAAAUGGGAUUAGGUUGAAGAAAAGUAUCGAUACUUUGGAGCAUAGACAAAUACAAAGCAUGGAUUGUUAGGAAAACACGUUGUACUUCUCCAUAUAUGAGAAUAUUGGAAGUGAGAGGGGAGACUGGCCCUUCCUCACAACUGGCCAGGUUGUGCUGACCUUGUAUUAGUAUUGUGGCAUGUCUGUUUUUCCUUAAAUGUUUUGGCACUCAGAUGCUGGCUUGGUGUCCACUACAUGCUGUUCAAUUGCAAAUCUGAACCAACUGAGUAAUAUACUGAGUGGUACUAAAAGGGAGUUAAGAAAUACAGGAAAAAAAAGCAGUUUUUGUUUACAGAGAUUGUUUUAACAGGUUUAUAUAGUUGUUGUUAUAUAGCAGUAAAAUAUAUUUGUGUGCAUGUAUGUGUCUCCAAGUCAGUUAUAAGUGUCUUAAGAGCAGAGAAUGUAAGUGUCAUCUUUGUAUUCUCACAUUUCUCCACUAAUGCCUAGCAAAUCAUAGGCAAUCAGUAAAUAUUUACUGAAUGAAUGUAUUUGCCUCUGGAGACCUAAAG